AUGGUGAACUUCGGCAAGCAGAUGUCUCGGAGCAAUAUUAUACCGAUCCCGUCCAAGAUUUUGACACAAUCGGACUGCGAACACACACCACACACCAUGGCGCCAAUCUCGAAGAAUAAGCGAAAGACGCCGGAAGCGGGGUCCUCAGCGGCCCCUUCAAAGCGACAAAAGGUCGCUGCCAAGUCGUCCGCCUCGUCCAAGAAGAAGCGGGUGUUCAGCGUCAAUGCCCUGGCAUGGAAGAAGGUCGACAUCCCGGAGAUGUUCGACGAUGCGGAGGGCUUCUAUGGAUUAGAGGCAAUCGAGGGUGUUGAUGUGGUCAAGAAUGGCGACCAAAUCGAAUUCCACGCAGUCGAAGAUGUCAUCAAGGCCGGCGACGACGAGGACGAGGACGAAUUCGAAGGAUUCAGCGACGCGGAACCGUCUCAUACCACCGACCAGAAGCCGUCGGAGAAGCCAUUGCACAAGUCAUCGAACAAGGCAUCCACGACUGUCAACAACUUGAAGGAAGCUACCGACAUUGCCGCCGAGCUCAACUUGGGCGAAAAGACCGAAGAAGUAGGCGAAAAAGAAGUGGAACCAAAAGCCCAAAAAGGCCAAGACGCCAAAUCCAAGAAAGAGAAGAAAAAGGAGAAGAAAGAGCAAAAGAAAAUGUUGGGACCUGUGGCUGAGGAUCCGGCUCUGUCAAGCAACGUCUUCUCGGCAUUGGGCGACGCGCCCCAGCCAGCAGAGGACGACCUCGACAUGUCCGCAUGGGUGGCACUCGACUUGUCGCCAGACAUGGUCUCGGCCCUUGCUCGUCUCAAGUUCUCCAAACCAAGCGCCAUCCAAGCUGCCGCCAUUCCGGAAAUCAUCGCAGGACAUGACGUUAUCGGAAAGGCAGCAACCGGCUCCGGCAAAACGCUGGCUUUCGGCAUCCCCAUCGUCGAGAAGUGGCUCGAAAGCAACAACACCGAACAGGCGCAGGAACCGGAACAGGAGCAGGGGGAUUCCUCUUCCGACAAAGUACCUCUGGCCCUCAUCAUUUCUCCCACCCGAGAACUCGCCCAUCAGAUCAUGAACCAUAUCAAGGAGCUCUGUGCCGGGCUGCAAGCCCAGCCAUACGUGUGCGCCGUCACCGGUGGAUUGUCCGUCUACAAGCAGCAGCGCCAGCUUGCCAAGGCCGACAUUGUCGUCGGAACGCCCGGCCGGUUGUGGGAGGUGUUGAGUUCGAGCAACUCCCUCAUGGCGUCGUUCAAGCAGAUCCAGUAUUUGGCCGUCGACGAAGCGGACAGAUUAUUGAGUGAUGGGCACUUCAAGGAGGCUGAGGAGAUUCUCAAGGCCCUCGACAGGCACACUGUCGAUGAGGACGGCGAGGAAGAGAAAAAGUUGUCACCCCGACAGACGCUCGUCUUCUCAGCGACCUUCAAUAAAGGAUUGCAACAGAAACUGGCAGGGAAAGGGAAGAACAAUCUCCUGUCAGACGAGGAAUCAAUGGAAUAUCUCCUCAAGCGGCUCAAUUUCAGGGAAGAGAAUCCCAACUUCAUCGACGUCAACCCGGUGUCACAGAUGGCGGAGGGACUCAAGGAGGGAAUGGUCGAAUGCGGCGCUUUGGAAAAGGAUCUCUAUCUUUACGCGCUGCUCCUCCUCAGUCCGAACCGCAGGUCCCUCGUAUUCACCAACUCCAUCAGCACCGCCCGCCGCCUGACGCCCAUGUUACAAAACCUCAAACUCAACGUGCUCCCCCUUCACUCCCAGAUGGCGCAAAAGGCCCGUCUCCGAUCCGUGGAGAAGUUCGCAGCGGCAAAACCCGGCACCUCGUCCAUCCUCAUCGCAACAGACGUGGCCGCAAGAGGCCUCGACAUCCCCGGCAUCGACCAGGUCAUCCAUUACCACGUCCCGCGGACCGCCGACAUGUACGUCCACCGCUCCGGCCGCACGGCCCGCGCCCAGUGCUCCGGCCUCAGCAUCAUCCUCUGCGCGCCGGAAGAAGUCACCCCGAUGCGCCGCCUGGCCGCCAAAGUGCACCACGAACAGGCGGUCCGAAAGAAGUACGUGAUCCGGACCAUCGACGUCGACCGGCGGGUCGCGCAGCGCCUCAAGCCGCGCGUCGAGCUGGCGAAGAGAAUCACCGACGCGGUGCUGGCCAAGGAGAAGGGCGGCAAGGACGACGACUGGGUCCGCAAGGCCGCGGAGGACCUCGGCGUCGAGUACGACAGCGAGGAGCUGGAGAAGAGCGGCAGCUGGGGUGGCCGCGGGAGCCAGAAGAAGAAGAAGCAGAAGGAGGCCAUGCAGAUUGGCAAGGCUGAGCUCGGCGCCAUGAGGGCGCAGCUCCGCGACUUGCUCUCGAGGCGCGUCAACACGGGCGUGAGCGAGAGGUACAUUACCGAUGGGAGGGUCGACGUUGAUGAGCUGUUGAAGGGCGUGACGGGCGACUUCCUCGGCAGGGUGGACGCUCUGGAUGUGGACUUUUGAGCUCUGGUUGGGUGUGGAUGGGCAUAGGCAUGGGCAUGUUUGGCACAUUUGUCAUUGAUACCCCCUGUCUAAGAUUGGCUGGCUGGAACGGGAAUUCUACCAUCGAUCAACCGGACCUGAUACUACCUAUUGUCCAAUGUCCCGUAUGCGCACCAGUGUCUACGGAGGAAAACCACCAUUACGUACUCCGUAAUUGGGAAUUCUUCUGUGGAAGGCUUGUCGGGUAAACUCAAAUAUGUGAAUGCCAAUGCCGAGGUGAACAGCGCCUCAUAGUCUUGAUGUCCACUUCUGGCUCGCCGGAGUUUGAG